CACGGGCUUCAGCUGAGACGAAUCCUGAGGGGCCGGGCCGAGCCCGGGCCGGUUUGGAGCUCGGAGUGGCGGCUGGAGCUGGACGUGGUCUUGGGAGAGGUGAGGCGGAGAGGCCGGCCCGGAGGCCCCUGGGCCGCGGCAGGCAGUCCGAGACGAGCCGAAUAACGGGCCUGAAGCCCGCUGGAGCGUCGGGGGCGCUGUCGGGGCUCCGCGGGCCUGGGCGCUCGGGAUUCUGCGCGCGUGCCAUGAACCCGCGAACCUUCUUGCCGCGCAUGCAGCCCAAAGCGUAGGCUACGGGCAGGUGUGGAACGUUCCGGACAUCCCGCACAGCUCCUGGGGGACGUGCUGAGCCCGGAGGUGGUGGCGCUGGAGAGGCCGAGCGAGCUCCCCGGGAAGGCGCGCGAGGGAUGGCCGCGGAGCUGCCAGCGCCCCUCGGCCCUCUGGUCCAGCUGCGUCCAGAAGACGCGCAGACGGAAGUCACCACUCUGAUCUUGGAGGAUGAGUGCUGGGUGCAGGAGGCUGUCCUGCAGGAGGAUGGCCCGGAGCCCGAGGCCCGGUGCCCGGGUGCCAGCCAGGACCGCCACCAGGAGGACAGAGUGGCUGGUGGGCCGCAGGGGGCCCUCGGCCGCCUUCGAGAACUCUGUCGGCGCUGGCUAAGGCCCGAAGUGCACACCCAGGAGCAGAUGCUGACGGCGCUGCCACGCGAGAUUCAGGCCUGGCUGAGGGAGCACCGGCCCGAAGGCGGCGAGGAAGUAGAGGCCCAAGGUCUGCGGGACAGUGAUUUUGAGAUACAGAGUGAAAAUGGGGAGAACUCUAAUGAAGACAUGUUUGAGGGUGUGGAAUCCCUUGAGAUGCCUGGCAGGGAGGGUGACUUUGAGAGAGAUCUUGGUUCUGGGGGGCUCCUGAGAAGCCCACCAGGCGGGGACCCUGGAGAGGUGGCAUCAGAGGACAGAGAAGUCGGCCAGCUCAUAGGCCUGCAGGGCACCUACCUGGGCGAGAAGCCCUACGAGUGCCCCCAGUGCGGGAAGACCUUCAGCCGGAAGUCCCACCUCCUCACCCACGAGCGGACCCACACCGGGGAGAAGCACUACAGGUGCGACCAGUGUGGGAAGAGCUUUAGCGACGGCUCCAACUUCAGCCGGCACCAGACCACGCACACCGGGGAGAAGCCGUACAAGUGCCGAGACUGCGGCAAGAGCUUCAGCCGCAGCGCGAACCUCAUCACCCACCAGCGCACCCACACGGGCGAGAAGCCCUUCCAGUGCGCCGAGUGCGGCAAGAGCUUCAGCCGCAGCCCCAACCUCAUCGCCCACCAGCGCACCCACACCGGCGAGAAGCCCUACGCGUGCCCUGAGUGUGGGAAGAGCUUCGGCAACCGCUCCAGCCUCAACACGCACCAGGGCAUCCACACUGGGGAGAAGCCCUACGCGUGCAAGGAAUGCGGGGAGACCUUCAGCUACAACUCUAACCUCAUCCGACACCAGCGCGUCCACACCGGGGAGAAGCCCUACCGCUGCACUGACUGCGGCCAGAGGUUCAGCCAGAGCUCGGCGCUCAUCACACACAGGAGAACCCACACGGGCGAGAGGCCCUACCAGUGCGCCGAGUGCGGCAAGAGUUUCAGCCGUAGCUCCAACCUGGCCACGCACCGCAGGACGCACCUAGUGGAGAAGCCCUACAAGUGCGGGGUGUGCGCCAAGAGCUUCAGCCAGAGCUCCAGCCUGCUGGCGCACCAGGGUGCACACACCGGCGAGAAGCCCUAUGCGUGCCUGGCGUGCGGCGAGAGCUUCGGCUGGAGCUCCAACCUCACCAAGCACCAGCGCACCCACACUGGUGAGCGGCCCUACAAGUGCGCCGAGUGCGGCAAGGGUUUCGGCCAGCGCUCGCAGCUGCUGGUCCACCAGAGGACCCACACCGGCGAGAAGCCCUACCAGUGCCUCAUGUGCGGCAAGAGCUUCAGCCGCGGCUCCAUCCUGGUCAUGCACCAGCGGGCACAUCUGGGGGACAAGCCUUACCGCUGUCCCGAGUGCGGCAAGGGCUUCAGCUGGAACUCGGUCCUCAUCAUCCACCAGCGGAUCCACACUGGUGAGAAGCCCUACAAGUGCCCAGAUUGUGGCAAAGGCUUCAGCAAUAGCUCCAACUUCAUCACACACCAGAGAACUCACACGAGGGAGAAACUGCGCUGAGCAGGGGGUGGCUCCCAACAGUUAUUUCUUCCCAGAUAGUCAGCAUUGCCACUGGGACACUGUCAUCUGUGUAGCAUCCAACCCCAGACAGUUCAAGAACAGAGCGUAGCAGCUGGAUGGUCUGGAGGUUGGUCAUUUUCUGGUUACGGUUUAUGGUUGGAUUGGCCUUCCCGCUGCUUGUUUCUCCAUGCCUCAGCGUCCUCUUUGGCAAAAUGGGGGGAAAUGCUUUCCCAAGGGUAACAGAAGAAGUAAUA